GAAGAGUUGGGUGUACGGACACAAAGGCCAUUAGAAGUAUGCACAUAGAAGGAGAGUGUGUUUAGGAUUCUUUCCUCCUUCUGUCAGCAGAGAAGAACUAAUGCUAUCACUCAAAGAUGCCACUUGCACCGAGGCCAUCUACAAGCUGUGCUAAGCUGCAGACCAAACUGAGCGCCUGGACUCCUCUGAACCACCCACUGUCCAACAGCAAGGUGUUUGAAGAGAGGCGAAACCUUCUGGCCAAGUGGUUUGACAGGUGGUCUACCAGCCAGAGGAAGGCGGUGCUGCAGGACUUUGUGCUGAGCUGUUCAGUGGAGCAGCUGGCGUUUCUGAGCCUCAGCGUGAGCAGACGGCUCCCUCUGCAGGCCGCAGACUUCACCUGCCUGCUGCCCAGAGCCCUCUGCCUCUACCUCUUCUCCUUCCUGGACCCACGCAGCCUCUGUCGAUGUGCACAGGUGAGCUGGCACUGGAAGAGCAUAGUGGAACUGGACCAGCUUUGGAUGCCAAAAUGUGUGAGGCUUGGCUGGUGCAUCAACUCUUCCCCCACCCCUCUGGAGCAGGGCGUCUGGAAGAGACACUACAUCCAGACUGUGCAGGAGCUGCGCCUCACCUCGCUGCAGGCUGCCUCAUCUCAGCAGCAGUUUAAGGUUCCACAUGCAUCAGCUGUCAGCAGUAGAUAUGAAGAUCUUUCAGAAGUGGCCUUCAUAAGCGAAAAGCGCCCAGCGUCCACCACCCAGACACUUGGAGGCAUCUCCAGGGCGGGUUUAAGAAAGGAGAAGCAGCCGCCUGCACCGCCACCGUGGAGAGACUCUGACAGAUGUCCCAAAGACACACUACGCUUCAACUACUUGGACAACCUGGACCCCACUGAGCAAGCGCAAGUGAAGAGCAGAGCCUCCACCUGCCGCAGCAACACAUGGAAGCCAGACGCCGUCAGGAGCCAGAAAACACUGUCUGAGGCGCAUUACAAACUACGCAAAGCCAAAUCGCUGAUGUUCCUCAGCUUCAACAGCAGAACCCAACAUCCCUCUCCUCCUCCUCCUCCUCCUCCUCCUCCUCAUCAUCAUCCUCAUGAGUCCCAAGCUCGACCCUCUUGGGCAGCUCACAGUCACGACCACGCAGUCACCGCCAAGAGUAUGCUGCACCUGGCCCAGUGGAAUGCUGGGAUCCGUCCAGGGCCGGUGAGGUCAGCAGUGCCACGGCUGAGUGUGGAGGCACUCAGGGCUUCCCAGCGCUCACACCGGAGCGUUCCCAGUACACCACUGUUUGAGGCUCAGCCCUGGACUGCUGCACACACACAGACAAGGAGUGACGUUCACGUCCCACAUCAGGAAGACGUCAGAGCAAGGCUCAGAGCUGCAGCUUCAGACGGUGUAGUUUAAUGUAUUUUACAUAUGUAAUACAUUCUGCAACUACAUUUCUUCACAGGCUAUUUUGUGUUAAAACGGCACUGGAUGGAGAUAAAAAGCGACAUGAAAAUUAAGAUUCUUUUUUUUUUUUUUUUUUUACAUUUACUUAUAAUUAUUUUUGACAUUGUGUGAAAAGAACUGAAGAAAUAAAUCAGUCAUUGAGAAGUUUAAAGAACUUAUAUGUCCCCAUGACUUUACACUUUACAGAAAUCACUUAUGCACAAGAAAUGUUUUUUAAGAAGUAUUUUACAUAAGGUAUAAAUAAAGUUAGCAACCUUGUAGUUUUAAUAGGAACACAUCUUGAAUAUUUUAUUGGUUCUGUUUAAUGUCUAACAUUUAAAAAUAUAAAAGGUGCUUGUUUUCUUUUACAGAUGUAAUUCUUUAAAGGUACAUUGUGGAUUUUUCAACCACUGGCAGAGCUGUUUAGAUGAGUGGGUCCAAGUUUUGUUUGUAUAUUGUGUACACUCACAUGGUUCACAUGGUCUCCUAUGUAUAACAUAGUUUUGUUCUUUAAUUUCAAGCUAGUACUAAUAAGAAAACCAAAGGAAACAUGGUGUGUAUAAGAAAUGUACCACCUUUAUUAUCCAAUCCACACAUCCCAUUCAAUAUGCAAUACAAAGCCAAAGCAAUUUAUAUAAACAGUGAGUCUGAACUCCAAAAAAUAUUAAACAAUAACUGUCAGUUUAAACAAACAAACUGAUUUUGUCUCAGUAUUCAAAAACAACUUCUUGCAUUCAACACACAGUAGCAACACUUGGGGCAAAGAGGGAAGCUUCGUGUACAUCAAUCACCACGUGGCUCCUUCCGAACCACUUCAGUCAGAUAUGAAAUAUCAAUAUCAUACGUACACCUCGCUCCGAGUCUCGUCCAUGUACAGUUUUCACUCAUUGCAUAUAAAACAUUGCAUUCAAAGUAUGGCUCACACACACACGUAUAUAUUACUAAAUACAGGAGGAUCAAAAAUUAACAACAGAGCUAAAUGAAUGGUAGAUACCUGACGUGUUAAUUUAAUGUUAAUGAACUGAAUGUUAAGGUGUUAAUCAAAGGGCAGGAGUGUGUAUGGAUCAGUAUAUAUGUAUAUAUAUGGCUUAUGAAGUCAAAGUUGUGGAUGAAACAUAAAAAAUGUUGUCUUCACAGGUUAAGUCCUAAUAUUGUCAGCUUAUCAAAGUCUUUAAGGCAAUGUUGUGCUCCAUGAUAAGCCACAGACAUUUCCAUGAUGAUUGUGUGGUGAAGUCCUUGUUAUUCUCUGGGAAAGUGAACGUGGAAGGUUUACAUCAAAAAUAAAAUUGAUCUUAAAAACUGAUAGAAGUAUUUAUUGGUUGCAUCCUUUCAUAUACACUUUCUUCUCCAUUGGCCUUUAGAGAUUACAGUAAAACUGAACAGUGUAGCUUAAAGCAAUGUAGAACAGUCACGAUGAUGAGAUUGUCUGACCUCUUGCACAGGUUUGAGUACGUACGGAGCUGCUGCUCAGCUGCACACUGAGGGAAUGAACAAUCAGGAUCAGCUAAGGUUUGUAGAGUGAGUCAGGAUAUCAGUAAUACACAAUAGACUCUCAUAUUGGCUUGAUUAGUGAUCAUACCCACAAAAUGUGUGGAAAGUUUUGAAGGUCAUUCACUUUUACCUUGGCAGUCAAAAUUAAGGCAAAUUUUGGAGUGUUGAUUAUCUCAAAAUGUUAACUAUCAGGCUGUGAAACAAUCCUGAGUGUAGUUUGAUGAACAGAAGACAAAUAUGCUUUUAAACAUGUCAAACAAUAUCAAAAGUUCAUAUUUAAUUUGAAUCUAGUCACAUUAGUCUCACCAGUGGAGAUGAGGUGAUUUAUUCCUUUAAUACCUCUGGGAAUCGAUUCAGAGGUUUUAAACGAAUUUAUUUUCUUCUAAAGAGAAUGGAAACAUACUGUGGAGGCCCAUUUCUGCUGAAUAAAAAAAGAUCCUGUGAGUCAUUAUGGGAAACUUUAUUGAAAUAACGACUUCAUAUCUCAAAAUAAUCACUUAGUAAUGAGACAAUUUCUCAAAACGACUUAUACUUUUUCAUUAUUUUGAAAUACUCAAUCAUUGUUCUAAGACACUAACUCAUUUUUUUUCUAUAAUACUAAGUCAUUCUGAGUUACUACUGUGUUAUUUAAAGAUACUAGCUAAUUAUUUAGAAAUUUUAAAACAUUAUUUUGAAAUAGACUCUUACUUUGAAAUUCAAGUCAUUAUUUCAAGAUACUUCAUUAUUUUGAUAGAGUCAUUAUUUUUGAUCAAGUUUCUCAUUAUAAUGAAUAACAGGGUCAUUUUUACUCAUCAAACUGGCAGAAAUGGGCUUCCAAAGAAACCUAUAAAGGAAAGCAAUAUUCAAAAGAGCUUUCUUUCAAAAAUCUUUUUCAGUAAUAAACACAUAUUUAUUCAGAUUUUUUCUUUCUUUUAGAGAAAUGCAUUUUCUGUUUAAUACAAAAGCCACAAAGUAAGUCAUUUAAAACAUGGCAAAACACGCAACUCUCAUUCAGAGCGUUGCUACAAAACAUACAAAUAAAAUAUUUGGUGGGUUGAUUUGAUCUUUGUGUGUCGUCAUCGCAGCCUAUUCAAUCGGUGAAACCUCUUCAGAGCAAACUUUGACAUACUGGAUCUUACUGGAUGUGCAAAGUAACUUUUAUGUUCACAGUGGAUUUAUUUCAACAGUUGCACAAGACUGGAGUGUGAGAGAAAAAAGACAAAUACAAAAGCUGA